CAUGGUAGCAUCGUGUACAUUGCACAGUGUCAUGUAGUCGAAUUUUGUAGACUCUGAUUUAGUUUCUCACUGUGCACUGGUUGUAUGCAUUGGUUCGGGGAGUACUUUGAGUGCAGCUGACAACAUUAACGACAUGUUGCAAGCUAUCGUUAGCGGCCGGACUCCGGUCGUUCGGCUCCUCGCUCCCCGUGGUGGUGUUCUAGUUGAAGCUGUUCGGGGAAGAAAGUCCCGCAGUGAUCCGAAAGCGAAGUCCAAAGAAGGACGUAUCAAGUACCCACCGCCUGUAGACCCAAUGGAGAUGGUAGUCCUAAAAGAAAGAUUCACCGAGUAUACUCUGAUAAUGAAAGCCCUGCGGAUGCAGUUUAAAGAGGAGAUGUUGCGGAAGCGGUACGAGCAGGAGGUUGGUUCCCUGGCGGAGGAACGAGCCAAACAGGAGGCAGAAGAGCAUCGAUCUUUAAUGGCCUGGAAUGACGCUGAAAACCUCAGACUACGUAAAUUACGAGAGCUCCGUCUACAGAGAGAGGCAGAAGUUGCAGAGCUGAAGAGAAAAGAGGCAGCCAUCUUACAACAGCAGGAGAUGGAGAAUUACAUAAAACAGAAAGAAAAAGAGAUACAGCAGCUAGAGGAUGAGGCACAGAGCUUCAUUACUCUGGAGAAUCUGGAUCAGCGUAUUGAGGAAGCGCUUGACAACCCCAAAAAUUACAACUUUGCCAUUGAUAAAGAAGGACGUGUGGUUAAACAGACUGUAGCUCAAUGAGAGAAGCACACCUCUGGACUUAAGAACUUGUUUCAUUAGAAAUCUCAUACACACACACAAUGUAUAUUCUGUCUAAAGUGUCUUCUCCAUUGUUUUCUUUACACAUGUGGUAUAUGGACGGGAUGAGUAAGGAGUCUGAACUCGUGUAUCUGUUAAACAUCUGUUUUUCUUUCCAGUGUGUGGCCACCUAUAAUGCUAUUUAAUAUGGACUGAAUGGACAAUGCAAAUGGUUCUGUGUAUCCAUAUGAUUAAGUUCUGUCAGUUUGUUUUUGUUAUGAACUGUGUAUUUGUGAUUUUAUAUUAUACAUAAAUUAGUCUUUGUCCUGAUAUAAUGUUGAGUGUGUUAAAAGACACAUAUCAGAACAAUGCUCCCUAAGAAUCAUAGUUUUUGAAAAUAAAAAUAAGGAUGCACUUAGGACAUAACGGACAGACAUGCUCAGAAA